ACUCUAUGGUUGUUUUGUUUACGGUAUAAUUUGGAUUUGUAGAAUGAGUAUUGUUUGAAUUGAAAUUUUGUGAAUUAUGCGCCGUAUAUUAAGUUUUAGAAAUGUAGUUGGUGUAUCAGGUGUUUGUCUUGGUUCUGUAAUAUGGCAUAUCGGCAAAAACAGUAAAGAUACAGACAAUCUAGUCUCAAAUGAUAAAUGGGACCAUAAUUGGGACAGGUAAACAUUUUUUUUUUUUUUUACAUUUUGAAUUUUGGAGAUAAAAGAUACCGUUACCACAACAUUAUUUGAGACAAAGGAAUUAUUACGUUUGAUACACAAAAUGAUAAUAGCUUUUAUACGUCAGGUUAUGUGGUAUUCCAUGUAACAAUUCGGCGCUUUGCGUUUCCAUUCUGCUAAAACUAAUUGCUGUCGAGGGUUGACGCUUGGGUUUGAAUAAACUAUAAGGAAUCACGUAAUUUUUUUAAAGUUAUUAUUUAUGUUAUAUUGCGUUGCAAUACCCAAAUUAAAAAUAUACACAUUCUUAUGUUUGGGAAACCACUGGAUCAGUAAUGCAAUUUAAUCACAACAUGAUGACACCUGCUUCACUGCAUAGACUAUCUAAAGUGAUCUACAAAUGGUUAUUUCUCAGAAACCAGUAGGAAUUAAGAAACACUGUUUACAGUGAAAAAGGUAUUUUCAAAAUUAUUUUGUUUACCAAAAACCAGCGACCAGCGACUCGAGAAAAUUACCACGUUAUCGACUAUUUUUACAAAUUGAACUCAAGUGAAAACGCUGACACACACGGGAAAGCAAAAAAAAAAUUGUGGCGGCUCCUUCAAUGCACAGGCGGGAUCCAAAAUAUCUUACCAAGCCGUCAAAGCAGUCUCAAAAUGUUCCAGACAGCCAGGAGGGUGGUGACAGCUUGGUGUCUGUAUCAUCUGUGAAAGACUACAGGCCAGUUGCCAAAAGAAACAUUUUGCUCAUACGUCAUGGCCAGUAUAACCAGGAUGGCAUGACGGACAAGGAGAGGACUUUAACACACUUGGGCAGGAAGCAGUCAGAGCUGACCGGCCGCAGGCUGAGGGAGCUGGCGUACCCGUACACGAUACUGUACCGGUCGACGAUGACGCGCGCGAGGGAGACGGCGGAGAUCAUCGAGCGGUCGCUGCCCGCUCUGCCGGUCGAAGACAGCUCCUUGCUGGAGGAGGGGGUCCCCUUCCCCCCCGAGCCUCCCUCCAGCAACUGGAAGCCUGAGCUAUAUCAGUAUUUCCAAGAUGGUGCUCGCAUUGAAGCAGCGUUCAGGAAGUACUUCCACCGAGCCAAGCCGUCACAGAAGGAAGAUAGUUAUGAAAUUUUUGUGUGCCAUGCCAAUGUCAUCAGAUACUUUGUUUGCAGGGCGUUGCAGCUGCCCCCUGAAGCGUGGCUCCGGAUGUCGCUGCACCACGCCAGCAUCACCUGGCUCACCUUGUACCCCAACGGCCGAGUUGCUCUGCGCUGCUACAGUGACGCUGGCCACAUGCCUCCGUGCGUCAUGUCGUCUUCUGGGCAGAGCACCAGCAAUAUGUCUGAGAUAGAGAACAUGAUUCGUGCGUCUGCUAGCGGGUGAAUCUUGAGAAGACGUCUUGCCUGUCAAGCUUACACAUUUGUGUAUUUUAAAAAUACUUUCAUAAACCGUGAAAUUGUUUGUACACAGUGAAUAAAUGUAAAUUUUGUUUAAUUAA